GAACCACUAGUGAAUCACUUUCCAUCCCAGAGAAACGACCGGGUGAAUCUCAAAUUUAUAACCGUAAACCUGUUGCUCCUCUUGAAGAAGAAUUUUGGAAUGAACUUUCUGAAGCACAAGUUGUCCUUAAAUUGCCAGAUAAUAUUGACACAACUAUGUUCAUGUCGGGACCAUUAUCUGAGUACAUGAGUGUUAAAGGGAACGAAAUUAUUCUUAUUACGACACCAAAAAGUGGCCGAUGGCAUGAAUAUGUAAAGGGGCGUGUUGGGAAAUAUUACGCUCCCAUUUGGACAGAAGAAGAAAUUUGGGAUGUUUGGAAUGAAAUUUUUGAUGAAUAUGAUGAUGAACCGAACGUUGAUGAUGUAAUCUCUCAAUGUGAUGCAUACGCUUACCUUAAAAAUGACGGAGGAGACAAUUAUUCCGGAAAAGCCAUACAUAUUAUUCCUAAUUUUGAUUUUACAGACAAAACAUAUGUUCCUGCUUUAACAGAAAUAUGGGAGGCUUUGUACAGACACUAUGAAAAACAUACAAAAGACACGAUUAUAAAUAUAAUCCGAAAUUUUGCGGGAGGUGCUGGUGGCACAUUAGCUGGUAAAUUCUUUGAAAUAGUAGCACAUGAUAUCUUGCGAAGAGGUGGUGAUUUUACUGUACGACGAUUAACCAAAGAUGGCAUUAAACAGCCCGAAGAAGAACUUCAUCUUCAAAAUCUGACGCACAAACAGUUUCGUGAUAUUGAUGAAAUAACUCCGGGGUGUUAUAAUAUUCCCAAAGGUACAAAUUUUGAAUCUGUUGAUGCUAUUGCACCUCAAUGUAAUGGAAUUCAUCAUUUAUAUCAGAUGACAACUGCAGAAACGCAUCAUACCAAGGUAAACGGUCUUAGUAAAUUGGAGAAUCAUCUGAAAGGUCUACCGAUCCAUUUAUAUUUCGUUGUUCCGAAUAUAAACAAUAUGUUUAAUGAUUUUCGUUUGCAGAAGUAUGUUACAUCAGGAAACAUUGAUAUUUAG